UCAUCCGUCCCUUUUCUUCCUUCAUUUUCGCGCCACUGAGCGCAAGGCCUCAACCAUCAUGGGUCUCUCCAAGACAAACAGGAUCUUGAUCCUGUUGGCGAUUGAUACGGCUUUCUUCUUAUUGGAAUUGAUUGCUGGUUAUUCCGUGCACUCCCUUGCCCUGGUUGCCGACUCGUUUCACAUGCUGAAUGAUGUACUGUCACUAUGUGUGGGCCUCUGGGCUGUCAAGGUCGCCAACCGCGAAACCAACUCAAAAAUGUACACCUACGGGUGGCAACGCGCAGAAACUCUGGGUGCUCUAGUGAAUGGUGUCUUCCUGGUCGCUCUGUGUCUAUCGAUUUUCCUGGAAGCUAUACAACGACUAGUUGAGCCUCAGGAAGUGAAGAACCCGAAAUUCGUUUGCAUCGUUGGAUGCCUCGGCUUGCUGUCGAACAUAAUUGGUCUUGUUCUAUUCCAUGAUCACUCCCACGGGCACGGGCACAGUCAUGGCCCUGGAGAUCUGGAAGAAGGCGCUGAUGACCAUGUACAUGCUGCGGGCCAUGACCACGAUCAUGACCACGUGCACGCAGAUGGCCAGAACAACACUGGUGGUGCCGAGCCACACUCUCCCUAUUCGCGUCCCCGGCGCACAGUCGACAGUCGCUACAGUGGAUAUGUUGACGUGGAAGACAUCCAGAUUCACCCCGCUAGUAUGAGACAGGAGAUUAUCGCAGCCAGUAAGAACCGUUAUGAUGAUGAACAGUCCGGCUCGGACAGCGAACUUCAAGAGGGCGCCGAUGGCCAGCCAUCUGAGCGCUCAGCCCUCCUUAGUCACGGCGGUCGCACUGGUAAAUAUACCGAUGAGACGGAGUCACUUGGUCGGUCCCGGACUGCUGCUGCCGAUGAUGAUCUCCACAAAUUCCACAAUCAUGCUCAACCAAAGCCCAAAGACGAAAAGCAUGGCCAUGGUCAUGGCCAUGACCUUAACAUGCGGGGCGUCUUUCUUCAUGUGAUGGGCGAUGCACUGGGUAACAUCGGUGUCAUCGCUUCUGCGCUCAUCAUCUGGCUGACCGAUUAUUCUUGGCGAUUCUACGUGGAUCCUGGGAUUUCGCUUGUUAUCACUGUGAUUAUUCUGCUUUCCGCAGUUCCCCUAUGCAAGGCUGCAUCGCGUAUUCUCUUGCAGGCAGCGCCCCACGGCCUCAGCAUCGACCAUAUCAAGGAGGACAUCGAAGGACUUCCGGGCGUCAUCGGCUCCCACCACCUACACGUAUGGCAGCUGAGCGACACCAAGCUAGUCGCCUCUAUUCACAUCCAGGUGGACACGGAGAUCAAGGGUGAAGGCUCAGAGCGCUAUAUGCGUCUGGCCAGGCAAGUGAGGAAGUGCUUGCACGCUUAUGGGAUCCAUUCUUCGACGAUUCAGCCUGAAUUUGCGCCCGAUAGUGACGCUGAGGAUACGAUCAUGGCCCCCUCGGACUACCGUGGCGGUAGUAACGGAGCCUCCGCCUCGGGGACUCUUCCCAGUCGAACACCCAGUGUACCUGAUGGUGACUCGCAGGCGUGCCUCCUGGAAUGUGGCGAGGAGUGUGCCCGGGGUGGCCAGUGUUGCCCCAAGCAAUCACCGUGAGGUGAUCCGAUAAAAAUUUACCCUGUCCUAUGAUCUUUUUUUCCUACACCUUCCUUACAACCUCACCAUAUUAAUUUUCCUUUCUGUUCAACAUACCCCAUUAUUUGUAUGACUGGAACCUAUGUGUUUGGACUGGCCGUUGUUGACAUUGCAUCUCAGGUCAACUUGGUGCAUGUUGGGUGGACUUCCUAGAUGGCUGCAUGUGAUGAGACUUGUCAAUGACAAGCGUAAUUGCAUUCUUUACACUUUUCUUAUUCUUCUCGUAUUUUUUAGCAAUGACAUUGCAUGUGAUCUGAAUC